AUGUCUCCUACUGCUGCUGAGAACCCGAACCCUGAGAAAGAAGAGCUCUCCGUUCUUCCCUCUGUGGAGCUACGCAGAAAGCCCGUCUCUCCGCCUCCUCGUUCCACUUUCACUCCCAUGACGAGUGAAGAAAAGGCGGAUCAGGAGGCUAUGAAGCUUUUACAAGCCAAUGUGGAGAAGUUAAGAGCCGAAUCGAGCUAUCUUUCGCGAGUGAACAUUGACCAAAACUUAGAGAGCGAAGAACUCUCCGUCCCUCUGUUCCCAAUGAACGGAAAUCAUCGCAACCCCUACAUCCAUGGCAUCGAUAACAUUUUAAAGGCUUAUCGACGCAUGCUGCGAAGUGUGAUGCCCUCUUAUCCCACCUAUUUCCAGCACGUUAUCUCGGAAGCGAUCGAACACGCCAAGAAAGCGGCUGAGACCAAGGGAAAGGAGUAUAUUGUGUUGAUUUUGCUUAGCGAUUGUUGUAUUGUGGAUCAAGUCGAAACUGCCCGACUGAUCGUAGAGAUAUCCUUUGUUUGGAAAAUGAAAGUCGCCUUGACGACAGGGAUCUGA